AUGGUAUUGCUGCCGGCUGAAAAAAAUUCAUGGAUGCCCUCCUGUCGCUCUGGGUUGAUUGCCCUUGUGUUUUCGGUUCAGUUCCUCGAGAUUGCAGGGCUUUACCCCAAAGGGAGCCCUUCCAGAAAUUCUCGAAGGCCUAAGAUAAACUCAGGCCCAAGAGGGGGUUUGGAAAUAGUUUUCAACCAGCAAUAGACGCGCCUCGGUUAGAACCUCACUAGCUGCGUCAUUGCCCCAAGCGCAAAGAUGUUUAGCUCUGCUGUCUGA